AUGCCUCCUCGCAGACAUGGAGUUAAGCUUCCGAUGAAGCAGCUAUGUCAGCUGACUGACUCGUCCGACGAUAAUGCACAAUCAUGUGAUGGAAAUAAGGAGAAUGAAGCGAAUGCCGAGAAGCCAGGGCGACGAGGAGCGCGGCAGGGUGGCAAUCGCUCAAGCCGUAGAGCUAAGAAAGGGCUGUCGAAACGACAAGUGGUGGACUCGCUAUCCGAAGUUGUAGCAGGUCAAGAUUCGCCGCCUAUUUUCGUUUUUAAAACAGCGAAAACGUCUUUUAGUAUGAGAAAACAGCGAAAAAUUGUGAGGCAACAAGAUGAUGUAAAGAAACAUCAACAACGCAUUGGCGAAUUGGUUGCCUACUUUAAAAUGUUAGACGAACAAAAGCUGGAGGAAGCUUGA